AUGGAUUUCCUCCUGGCGCUGGUGCUCGGGUCCUCGCUCUACCUGCGGGUGGCCGCGGACUCCGACGGGAGGUGGCCCAGGCAAAUAGUGUCGUCCAUUGGCCUGUGUCGUUAUGAAACUCACCAUGGCUUAUGAUGUCAUUUGUGCGAGGAGAGUGACUCAGUGGUUCUAGCAGUUGGGUUCAGAAAGAUGCUCAAGCAUAGGUUUCCGGUGAUAGUAAGAGACGUCAUGGUGGCUACCAUCCACUUCUUGAAGUCCUUGAAUACAUAUGGGGCAGAUCCAGCCUGGGUCAUGGUCUGUGGUGACAGUGUGGGUGGGGGCGUGGCAACAAUAGUUUGUCAAAACGUUGUGGACAGUUCUGAUCUCCCCAAGAUCCGCGCUCAGAUCCUGAUCUAUGCCGCUCUCCAAGCCCUGGAUUUCCAGCCUCCUUCUCAUCAGCAGAACAAGGACGUUCCACUGCUCAGGCAGAAUUUGGCCUUCUACCGUUGGUGUGGUUACCUGGACAUCAGCCCCUCCUGGAAAAGAACCGUAUUGGAAGGAGCCCACUUGCCUGCCGAAGUCUGGGAAAAGUACAGAAAGUGGCUGGGUUCAGAAAACAUUCCGGAGAAGUUUAAGAAGAGAGGCUACACGCCCCAUGAGCCGCUGAAUGAAACUGCCUAUCUGGAGACAAACAUCAUUCUAGAUUUGACGAACUCACCCCUGAUUGCAGAUGAUGAAGAAGUGUCUCAGCUCCGCAAAGCUUGCAUCGUGAGCUGUGAGUGUGAUAUUCUCCAGGACCAUUCGCUGUUGUACAAGAAGAGGCUGGAGGACCUGGGAGUCCCAGUGACUUGGCACCACAUGGAGGAUGGUUUUCACGGGGUGUCGGUCACCCUUGACCUGGGCUGCUCGUACUUGCCCUGCUCCACGAGGAUUCUGAAUGCUGCAGUCCAUUUUAUAAAAGAGUUGUGA